AUGGAAAGGACAGAACACACAGGGCCAUCUUCAAAGCUCAAACUGCAUAUUUAUAGCAAGGUUCCAAAAAAGAAACAUGUAAGAGAAAAUGUCGUUGUCAGGAGCUAUACUAAGAAUCCAAGAAGAAAACCCAAGCCUUGGAGCCUCGAAGAGGAGGAGGCAUUGCUUAGAGGAAUCAAAGAACUAGGACAUGGCAAAUGGAAGGAAAUUCUGGAGAAGUAUAAAGAUGUCUUCCAAGAGGGCAGGAGACAUAUAGAUCUGAGUGACAAGAUCAGGGUGAUGAAUAAGAAGGCAUCCUAUUAUUACACCACAAAAAUAAACUUCAUUGAGGUCAACGAUGAAGGAGAAGAGGUCUCAAAUGCACUUGGAGAAAGGCGUGUGUAUCCAUCAAAGUUUCCCUAUUCCGCAGCAAAGAAGGCGGGGCUGUACCGGUUGUCUUCCGGAGUAAAGGAAGCAAUAAUUAAUAUCCAAGGAGAGAGAAAUGGUGUCAUAGUCAGACAUAAAUACCUUGCAUCCGCCUCUCCAGGGUCUCGUACCGGAAUAAACCUUGUUAAAAUAGGCAGUGAAACCAUAGAAAGGGCUGCUGCACAACCAAAGGAUACAGGGGAAGCCUUCAGUGCUGAAGAAUAA